GCUCAGGUGAGUGGAUCUCUGCUUUAAUUUGCAGUGCCACGUGAAGGGAAGCCGGAGAUGGAGACCCUUCAAGAAAUGCCUUCCCCUGUCUGCCAAGGGAUGGUUUGUUGAAAUCAGUGUCACUUCACUGCCAGGAAACCCAAGAAGCUCCAUUCAGCGUUUGUGAGCGGUAAAGGCUAUGGCCCUUUCAGCUGGAUGCUGAGGGGAGGAAGAUGAGAACACAAGGUUAACUCUAGUCAAUCAGCCACCAGUGUCCUGAAGUGCCUCCAUGAAUAAUUGAUUGUUCUCUUUGGGAUUCACGUUGUCAUGGAAACUGAAAGAGGAACCAGGCUAUCUAGGUAUGAAGUGAAGUUUCUUUGGGUCUCUCUCUCCCUUCAGCAGUUAAGAGCUGGAGCUAUCUUUGGCAGGUGCUUAUAAGAUCUUACAUUGACUCUGAGAUGAAUUAUCUGGCACGGAGUCUUCUGCUGUCCCUGCAGUUCUUUUCUUUGAUCGAUGGCCAGAACAGCCUCCAGCGCAUCAUCGGGGGUUACAUAGUGGCGCCACAUUCCUCCAAGUACCUGGUGUCCCUGAAGAGGAAGACGGGCUUCCAUUUCUGUGGCGGGUCGCUGGUCAGCCGAAGCUGGGUCCUGACGGCUGCUCACUGCAAAACUGAAAUUAACCAGAUGAUGAUUGUCGCUGGGGAAUAUUCUCUCUCCACUUUUGAAGGCACAGAGCAGAUCUUCCGGCCCUCUCGGAUGGUGGUUCAUCCGGACUACAGCUCCGCUUCCAAAAAUGCAGACAUCAUGCUGAUUAAGCUGAACAGGCCGCUGGUGCAUAACGCUUUUGUUUCCAUUGUGCCACUCCCCCAGCAAGGAGCGGUGGUGAGGGAAGGCCGCUUCUGCCAAGUCUCUGGCUGGGGUUACACCACUCCCAUGGGUGGAAUGGCUUCGGACACCCUACGCAGCGUGCGCCUGCCUAUCAUCUCUUCUGGGAAGUGUAACAGCACAGCCUCCUAUGCGGGAUACAUCACCAAGAACAUGAUCUGUGCCGGGUUCAACACAGGGGGCAAAGAUGCCUGCCAGGGGGACUCUGGCGGGCCAUUGGUGUGCGAGGGCCGAGUGUUUGGGAUUGUGUCCUGGGGGAACAGCUGUGCUAGUCCCAGGUACCCAGGUGUUUACACCGCAGUAGCCAACUUUCAGAAAUGGAUUUACAAAACCAUCUUUAGGCGCCAAUAGCGGCCGCUCUGUGUCUUCUCAACGUGCACCUUCCACUGCCCCUUCCCGGCUUUGAGCAAAUAAACUUGUGAU